AUGGCGUCGGAAGAAGCAAUUGGAUUUAAUGCCGCUGAAUAUGAGGCGUCUUCAUGCAUCAUCCCCGAGCAAAGACUGCUGGCCCUCCGAGAAAAACUCAUAAAACUGAAUAUCAAAAACCCAUCUCGAGAUUCUGCAACAACCUAUAGAGAACUAAAGGGCUGGGUUGAGCCACUUCUUGACACUGGGUCAAGUCCUCAAAUUGAAAAUGGACACCGAGUUUGUGCUGUCGACGCCCUCUCAAUUGUCUUCAAUAGGCUUGGGGGGCUAUCUAAAAUGCUCUCGGUGAAGCCUGAGUCGUCUGGUUUACCAGAAACUCGGAAAGAAGCUAAAUAUCUUCCUAUAUUUCGAGAUUACUUUGAUCUCGCAACGGCCCCAGUCUUGAAAAGUCUGAAAGAUUGUCUUACGGCUUUUGUGGCCUUUGGAACAGAGACUUGGGAUCCAGAAGAACGUCAAAUAUUCUCGACCUCAAUUGCUGAAGAGGUGUUCGAUGGUAUCAAGAAGGGUGAUUUGAGGAAGGGUGAUUCGUAUCUCGUCGAAUUCCUAAUAAAGAAAAAAUGGUUUGCCUCGAAGACUUUCUUCAUAAAGAACGAAGGCGAAAAGCCGUCUAGGGCGGUAAAUCUAGGAUCGAUAUUCAAGGCAAUGGACAACAGGACUCUUGCUCCUGGUAUUGGUCGUUUACUGAGCUCUUUGCUUCGUAGGCUUCAGGAAGAACUAGUUGGGGAAACAGAUAAAGAGUCUCUCAAGGCAGUUUGGCUCUCUUUUUUCAAGGCCGACCUCGCGAGAGCUUUGCUCUCACUAGACGAGCAUGUUGCUUUGAACACCGAACUCUACGUCGUUCCAGGUGUUUUUCAUGAUGAAAAGGAGGGGUUUGCGCUUUUCAUCCAGCAUCUUAUUCAUGCCCUCGGGCCCGAGGCCUUGCGUAACAGUCAAAGCUCAAUGGCUAUAAUAGGCUGUUUGAGAACCGGGAAAGAGAAUGGGUGGCUUACAGAACUUCAAGUUGACGAAUAUGUGAAGUCGCUCGGUGGUUAUGAUUCUCUUCUUUCAGACCAGUCUGGACUCUUACGAUCCCAUACGCUGAGGUUGAUGAUAAUAUCAUCUUCAGUUGCUUUACCAUUUACAUCAAGCUACACUUCAAUAUUCUGUGAUCAUUUUGAUGACCUUUUCUCAGAGUCUGACCCACAGGUCAGAAACGAAAUUUACGCAGGGUUUAGAGUUCUCUUAGAAAGGCUUGUUGCCAGCUCAUAUGCCUUGAAUAAAAAGCUAAGAUCGUUAGAAGGGCGGCCGACAGACCUUGGUACUAGCUCCGAGGCCAUAGAUGAGGUCCAAACGAUGAACAAUUUGUUACUCCAACAGAAAGCGUUCACCAGCUGGUUUCUGAACGAAUUACUCCCUGCACAAUUGCGGCCUAACGCCUCUUACCAGAGAGUCAUCCUAGCCCUUAAGGUUUAUUCUUAUUGGCUCCCCCAAAUAGAAAGAGAUCAGAGAAACUCUCUACCUGGGAGCGAUCUAGCGGCGGAUAUCAAGAAGUCAAAGAAGAAACAAAACGAACGGGAGCACAUUGUUCUACCUUUUGACCCCGAGAUUCAAUACUCUCACCUCUUAAGGUUACUUGUUGAACGAAUAAUGGAUCCAUACGACGAUAUCAGAUCUCUCGCUACCGGUCUUAUCAAGGAGUUACCUCAGAGCAAAGAUGUCCAGUGGGCACACGUUCUACAGCGCUCCCAGAGAAUGAUCGAGGAUAGUGGGCGGCCUGGUCAGGAAGAUGGAUUCAGUAGGAUUCUCGAGGUCUUGUAUGACUUGAGUCUUAAAGAUUCAAAUAUUUCUCGAGAGGUGUGGGAGGCGUAUGCCUCCUCGACAAGCGAUGGUACAAUCGUCGACCUAGCUUUUAUGUUGCUAGAUAAAGAGCCACAUAUACAAUGUCAAAGCCAAGCUAAUCCGAGAUCUCGAAUCGAUAAUAGCGUUCUCGGAGCGCUGGCAUUAAUUUUCAAAAGGAAAGACGCAAAUUUGUUGGUCCUCGAAGAGGAGAAACGGCAAAAGAUGUUCGAUCGAGUGUUAAAACUGGCUCAAGAUAUUUGGGCCCGUGAGCGGGACAUAUUGUGCAACGAAAGCCCUGAAGGACGUGGAGUGGCGGCGUCUGGCGAAGAUUCGGAUGAUGAAGACGAAGAUCAAUUAAAUAGUCAAGGAUUCUUGAGCUAUAGCUGGAGAGUUGUUUCUGAAGCCAGUUCUCUCCUUGGAGCGAUUGCCACAUAUGUUCCAAAGGGCUCCGGCCAGAUAUCAGAGGCCGACAAUUUCCUCCAAAAUAGUGGGGAUCUUUUGAUAGAACAACUCACAUCGAUACGGCAUAGAGGCUCUCUGUCAUCUAUAUUCCCAGCUUUAACGGCAAUCUGCCACCAGUGUUUGGCUUCGAAAUCGACAUUGGCUCAGGGCCUCCCGCGACAAUGGCUAGACAAGCUUUUAGGCAUAGUCUCAAGCUCUGGGAAGCUGAUAACGCGGCGCUCUGCUGGUCUUCCAAUGGCAAUUGGAGCUAUUAUAAUCAGCGAGAUACAGAUGAAAAAGAAGCAAAUUUUCUUUAUUCAACAUGCCUUCAGCUCCCUCGGGAAUACGGUUCAAACACCUAGGGAUCUUUCAACGGAGCAAAAAGACGAAAAUGGUCACCUUGAAUUACCUCAAGUCCAUGCGCUUAACUGCAUGAGGUUUUUGUUUAUGGAUUCACAACUUUCAACAGUGGUUGAUCCAUACGUCUCCAGCUCCCUGCACAUGGCAUUUAAUUGUUUCAAAUCGGAGAUAUGGGCGGUUCGAAACUGUGGUAUCAUGCUUUACACGGCAAUCGUAAACCGUAUCUUCCCUAAAGACGGUUCUAUGCAGGUUUUCAAAGCCGAGCGAUUUUUUCAGAGAUAUUCUGGAUUAGACACCGUUUUCCUUGAGACGCUUUCAGAUGGGUUUCAGGACCUUAGCGAUCAUCGCCUAAUUGAAGCAGUUUAUCCAGCACUAGAUGUCAUAUCUCGACUCUCGUUCCAAGAAAAUCAGGAGUCAGAGGCGUUUAAAGAUCUGGUUAUUCGCUAUCUAGAAUGCAAGAUCUGGAAAACUCGAGAAGCAGCGGCAAAAUCUAUCCUUGCAUUCACGCCCCGCGAGAACGCAGUUGAAUCAUACGGAGAGUUCCUCCUAUGGAAUUUCGGGGAUUAUAAGCGGGAUAAUAAUGUGAUUCAUGGUGGUUUGUGCACUGCCCGUGAGAUUUACGAGCGGAGGAUAUUUGGCUUUGGAGAUGAACUUCAGUCAAAGAUAGAAGAUAUUACGAAAAGUGCAGCUAAGCAUUAUUUUGAACCGAGCAAUCGAGUAUCUCCAGUUAACCAAGCGCAUUUCAUCCAAAUCUGUAGUAUUGUGUUCUCGAACAAUACAGCUUCCUUGACUGAAAAUAUCGUACCAUUCUGUCAAAGGGUUCUCGAAGAUGCUCAAGGAUCACCGCCUCGGGGUUUUGCGGAUUCAUUGCUUAGGAAAGAAAUCGCUAGAGUAAUGGCUGUGUCGGCGCCUAAUCUCGCGUGCGGUUAUUUGUCCUUCCAUGAUCCGGAUUAUGGAGUAUCCCUUUCAGAAGCGCUUGCGAAGACAAAUAGUAAUGUUGAGCUUCACAAAACUUUGAGGGAACUCAAGGAUGGUGUGGAUACUGUUUCUUCAGAUGAAAAACAAACUUCAACUGCCUUUAAUGUGCUACAAGAAGUGCUGAACCAUCACGAUUGGGAAUGGUAUCGGGUUGCCGCCGUUAAUUUGUUGCUCCUCUCAUCUGAGAAACAGGCAGUGGAACCCACCACUCUAGCACAACUUGCCUCAAAUGGCCUAGUAGAGCCAUUGAAGGAGUCUGCACUAACUCUCCUAGGACGGAACAUAUUCCCCAUGCUGAACGACGAUAGAUAUCGAUCGAUGAUACAUGGAUCAAUCCAAACUUGGGUUCAGGAAUUAUUCAAUAAUGUCAAAGAUGAAAUACCGCACUCAUCACGAAUGGCAGUAUUGCGGUCUAUUGAAGAAGUUUAUGGAGUAUUCAAAUCUUGCGACCAACAGAUUCAACAAGCACUUUUACCGAUAUGGAUUGUUCUACAAAAGCUAUUAAACGACGACGAAGAGGACGUUAGAAGUCGGGCGGCAUGUAUUGUGGCGAAACUCCUUGCAAUUGAAGAGUCGGAACAAGAAGUUGAAACUUUCACACCCCUUCGGGCUGAACGAAGACUUUUUGAGCACUUGGCUAGAAUUGAGGCUUUCAGAAAUAUAGAGAUCCAGCAGCGGCUAUUGGAGGAUGUUAUCGAUCUACCGUUGGAAAAGAUAUCUAAGAUCAAAGAACGGUUGAUCACAGCGAAUACCCCAAAUACAUUGCUGUUCAAGAUCGAGAAACAGAAUCUGUACAGAGACGAAUUGAGAUGCAUGGACUAUUAUUUGGAGCUCCUUUCAAAAGCUACGGCAGAAGACAGAGCUGCAGAAUUGGUGGACAAGCUGACACAGUAUGUGACCACUGGUAUGCAAACGCUUUGGGAUAUCGCACAGGAAUACCAGGUUGAGACAGGGGAAGGCGGGGUUUCUCUCGAAGAAGGGAAACUCAAGGCGACGGAUGGCAUCAUGGGAUGGACUACGGCUACAGAAGAGAUGUUCGUAUCGGGAAUGAGAGUUGCCAAUGGUUUUAAACUGUUGAGAAUGUGGGAUGUUAAAGGUCGGGAAGUUGGGGAGAUAGUGGGCAAUUUUGUGGAAUACGGGGAAAGAGAUGAUGUGAAGGUGAACAGCACCUGGCUGGAAGCCUUUAGGUCUCCUUAG